AUGUCUAUACAUAUGUUGACAAGAAUUCAAGGUAGCCAAUCAAUCUACAACAACAAUAUAAAAUCCUCACACAUUUCCUCCUCCUUCUCUCUAAAUAAUCACUCUUUGUCUCACAGAAUUCACUCUCAUACAACUUUCAGAUUACUUUAUUCUCCCUCUUCAAACCUGUGCCAUCUCUUCCUCGCAAAAAUGAAGUCUUCCGCUGUCAUGGUUGCCACCUUUCUGGGUCUUGCCAACGCCGUCAAUAUCCAGAUCUGCAAGCACCAGACUAUGAGGACCUGCGUGACGAUGAAUGUCAUCGGGUGUACAAACUUCCCAUCGAGCAUGAACGACCAAGUUAGUUCACUUAACACGGGAAACACCGAGUGCACCUUCUACGAACACGGCAGCUGCGAGGGUGGCUCCUGGACUACCAGGGGACGACAGAAUACGGUCCCCAGCAAGUUUAACGACAAGUUCACCUCUGUUCGCUGCUAG